AUGAACCGCAUCGCGACAGUGUUAUACCCCGCGCGUGACGUCUCACCCGCGCGAUCGUCGCCCUUCCCUCCCGGCCCCUCCGGUCCGCCCUUCCCCCUCAGCAUCAACGUGCCCAACGCAACCAAGAGCAUCUAUGAUGAUCCGCGCGCGAUUCGCUUCCCCUCGCCCCCGCCCGUGCUCCUGCACGCUGACUCGUCGACGCCGCAAGCGUCCCCGGGCGGCACACUCGCCCUCCCCAAGAACGGGAGGACGAGCCGGUCAGCUAGCGCCAGCCGCUCUCAUCGAAACAGCAUCAACUCGUCGUCUAACAGCAACGAAGCGGGCAGCUCGAGCUUUGCAAGCCGUACCUCCGCGUCGCGCACCAGCUCCCCGGCACCGGCACCGAUACCGGAUCGGUCUCUGAGAGUCAACCUCAUGCAGGCUGCCCAGCCGAAACCGAGCCACAAAUCGCGCGCCGGAACGCCGGCGCCGACCGGGUCGGGGAGGCUGACGAGCAUGGCGAAAGGACCACCUAGCCGAUUCGCCAUCGACCUCCGCGUCCUCCAGAUCACGGAUCCAGAGGGAUCGAUACCCCUCGCUGCCCAAGCGACUCCUCGUAAAGUCAGCGGCCGCCAGCCCGGAGCGCCUUUUGCUCGCGGACCGGGUGGAUCCACUGUCAGCGAGGUUGUGAACCUGUGGAAGGGCUCGUGGUCCAUCGGCAAGGGCGUCAAUGCCGUUGACUGGGCGACAGGGAACUACGACAGCAAGGUGCUCACUGCCACGCCGAGUGGGAGCUUCCUCAUCUUUGACGUGAACCGGGGCAAGCUCGAGCGUGAAGUCAGCAGCGGUACGCCGCGGCCAAUGAACGCAAUCAAGACGUGCAAGUCGUCGGCCCAGGGUCACCUGAUCCUGACUGGUGGGACGGAAGGACAGGCGCGGCUGUGGGACCUGCGCGACCCCGACCCGGUCAGCCGCAAGUACUACAAGCACAACGCACCCGUGACGGCGCUCGAGUUCUGCCCCGACGACCACCACCAGUUCGUUGUCGGCACCGAAGCCGGAGGUCUGUUCCGAUACGACUACCGCGUUCCCGCAAAGGCGAUCGGCAAGGUGUGGGGCGCGCACGGGUCGCGGGCCGUACAUGACCUGAAGUGGAAGAUUGGCGGCGAGGACUGGGACCAGACAGGACAGGGCUGGAUGGCGAGCGCGGGAGCCGACCGCACAGUGCAGAUUUGGGAUAUGGCGCUGCCGUGGGAGAAGGGCUCGACACCGGUGCACACGCUGCACACGGCGUAUCCGAUCCGCUACGUCGACUGGCGUCCGGUGCACCCCACUGAGCUCCUCGUCGUGCCUUUCGACCAGACCUCAAACCCCGCGUACGAUGCGAACAAGCCAGAACCCUCUGAGCCCGUGGUCAUGGACCAGGGCGAGGCGGCGCUCGAGGUCUGGGACGUCCGAAGACACUACAUCUCCAAGUUCGCGCUCUCGGGUUGCGACGACAUUCCCGUUGCCGCGAUCUGGGACGACGAGGACUCCCUCGUUGCUUGCUAUCAGAAAGGCACCAUGAUCCAGAUCGACCUCCAGAGCCGUGUGGUUCCGAAGACGCUCUCCCUCGAGACGAUUCCUCGUCAGGUCGUGUCCUGGAGCGGCAAAGGCGAACUCGCGUACGCGAUCGACCGCUUUAAGAUGGGGGAGAUCCCGUUCGACGAUGUGAAACCCGAGUUCGCCUCGCACUGGCAGAUCGGACACGGCGGCACGCGCGGCAAGAGCAUUGCGGAUCCGGGAUACGAGCCGGCGCAGACGACGGGCGUGCUCCCGUUGCCGGACGCUGAUGACGCCGAAUUCGAGUACAUGGCAAACCAUUACAAGCUCGAGGGCGAUUCGCCCUUGCAGCUUUGUCGGUGGAACCGGGAAGUCGCGUCUUUGUGCGGGCGGACAGACGAAGCUCAGGCGUGGGACUUGCUGCACGGGCUCAUCGAUGAGUUUGCGCCAGUGAAGGCGCUCUUCAAUGAGGGCAUCUUCUCCCAGCCUACAGAUGGCUUCACGCCUGCUCAGCCGACAUCACCGACGGGUGCGCCGGAUCGCAACCACUCGCCUGACUAUGAGGCAGGCAUCCCGAUUGCUCCGGCUGAGGAAGACAUCGUUGCCCGCGAGAACGGGUCCGAGGAGUCGAUGUCAAGCCGGUCCUCGUUCGAGGAAGACGACGCGAGUGUAGCCCCACAGCCGAAAGCCCGAUUCCUGUCGUUCAACCCGCCCGAGAUCGAGACUGUGCGCCCCAGUGCGAUACGCAACGUGUCCUCGAUGGUGCGAGGCGGCUCUAGCGGAGGCGGCUCGCGUAAUCCGCUGCAGAAGCGGUUAACGAUCGAGACACCGAGGGACGACACGCCAACGCCCGUUGCCGACAUGGACUAUCCCGAUCCUUACGGUAUUGCGGCGGCACUGGACGCAUGGAGCAGCGGUCUUGGAUCGGUAGAACCUCUGGGCCGAGGAAGGAUAACCUCUCGCUCGACGCCGCACAGCACGCGCCCACCGUCGCCCACACGCUUGGCAAAGGCAGGAGGCAGCAAGCCGCCGUCGAAUCUCGGAAGCCAGCGCCCGUCGAUCGACCAGACGAAGGAGCGCAUUCAGCCUGGCCAGCUUACACGCUUAUCUCACUCGGCGUACACUCCGGAGCAGUGGGACAACUACCGCACCCAACGGUGUGCGGGGCUGCUCGAUUGGUGGCAGGCGUUCAUUACCGACGGCGAGGUGCAGGUUGCCACGGCGCUAUUCGUCGUUGGCGGGACAGUGAUUGACUUCCCGCGAAAGCAGACUCUCCGCGUCCUCGAAUCCUACCUCGUGCCGAUGGCGUACCUCCGCCGCUUCGCCGGUCUCGUUGAGACUCAGACUGUCGGCGCAAUCGAGGGCAUCACGCAGAUCCAGUACUGCAUGAAGUGCGGCAAAUCGACGGGCUCACUCGAAGAUGCGCCAGGGAGCCGGCCGUUCUGGUGUGGACAUGUGAUGGUGGCGCGAGGCGCUGACAGCAGCCGCGAGCCGGUCAGGGGCUUGUGGAUGUCGUGCCGCAAAUGCAAGCACGGCGGGCACCAGCGCUGCAUGCGACUGUAUUACACUGACAUCAGUGGCGACCGAGAAGCCAGUACCCGUAGUGCCAUCGACGCCGCGCACGGGGUCACCAAUGCCAUCUCCCAGCCAGCGGAAUACUAG